GGUAGUUUAGCCAAGAUGGCUGCGAGAUGGAGCAGUGAAAAUGUUGUUGCGGAAUAUCGGGAUUUGCAGGCCACCGCGAUGGCAGUGGACUGCACAGGCUGUCAUGCCUUGUUGGCAGGACGUAAACAUUUUGCGCUGGUGAAGUUGGAUAACCAGCAGCCGGAGCUGCAGAAGAAGAGUGUUCGGCAGAGUAAGUGGGAAGUCAGCGCCGUGCAGUGGUGUCCGCACGCCUCCAACGGAGACUUCUUCGUAGCAGCUUCUAACCAGACAGCUGAGGUGUACAGCUUCCAGGACAGUCAGCUGAAAACUCGCUCAGUCCUUAAGGGCCACACCCGUGUUAUCAGUGAUGUGGACUGGUCCAUGUCAGAUGCCAACACUGUGGCCACCUGUUCUGUGGACACCUAUAUCUACCUGUGGGACAUCAGAGACCCAAGAAAGCCGUCCCUAGCCUACAAUGCAGUUGCUGGAGCGUCUCAGGUGAAGUGGAACAAGGUGAACAGUUACCUGCUGGCCACCACUCACGAGGGAGACAUACGGGUCUGGGACCAGAGGAAAGGCAGCACACCUGUGCAGUACAUUGCAGCCCACCUGUCCAAGGUACACGGGCUGGACUGGGACCCCACCAGCGAACACCUCAUGGCCUCAUCCAGCCAGGAUUGCACUGUCAAGUUCUGGGAUGUGACAAACCCCAAGAGAGCCACGUCUAUGCUGAAGUCAGGUGCUCCAGUGUGGCGAGCUCGAUACACGCCAUUUGGGCACGGCCUGAUCACGGUGAUGGUCCCACAGCUGAGGCGGGGGGAGAACAGUUUAUUACUGUGGAACACAGACAACCUGACCUCCCCCAUACACACCUUCGUGGGACACACAGACGUGGUGUUAGAAUUCCAGUGGAGAAAACAGAAUGAGGACAAUGCUGACUACCAGUUAGUGACUUGGUCUAAGGACUCCAGUCUGAGAAUAUGGAAAAUUGACCCUCAGUUACAGAGAUUAUGUGGUCACACAGACCUGCAGGACAGCACGGAGCUGGAGACCACAGACUCCAUGUCGGAGGCCAGCAGCACCAGGAACAGCAUCAUCGAGCAGAUCACGGGCGGGGUGACCAGCGACUCGCUGGACAGUCCGCAGAAGUCCAAGGACGACCUGAUGGGCCAGCCGGAGACCCUGCAGCAGGAGUUUCUCCUGGUCAACAUCCCCAUCCCGAACAUCCAGAUCAGUGAGGUGGACAUGAUAAAGCGAUGUUGCACGGUGUACGCGGUGUGCGGGAACCAUGAGGUGAAGGUGGUGGUGACGUUCCCUCCACAGUACCCCAACAACGCUGCGCCCAGCUUCCAGUUCAUCAGACCUACCUCCAUCACUGACUCACUACAGACUACGUUACUGAAGAACUUACGUGAGACGUCCCUUCAGUAUGUACGGCGGAACCAUGGUUGUCUGGAGGCCUGUAUCAGGCAGAUGGUCAACACACUGGACAAUAUCUCGCUGACAGAGGAUGCCUCUCCGGUACGGCAGACCCCCUUCCCCCUGCAGAGCAUGGAGUCAUUAGUGAACCCUCCCCUCAUGUCCAUCCCCACCUACGGCACAUACCAGGACCUGAACGUUCCCUUCCCCAGGACCAGUGGGGCCCGCUUCUGUGGUGUUGACAAGUUGAUUUACUUCACCCGCCCCAUCACCCUCAGGCCUAGGCAAUCCUCCAGCACUGCUGAGCCAUACAAACUGGUGUACUUCACGCGCCCGAGCACCAUCCGACAGUCGUCAAUCACCACCGAACAGACUCCAAGGUCCCUGUCUGCCCUGUCUGCCUACAUGGGUCUCCAUCCCAUGAACAUGAUGAAGUCCAGUUCUCAGUCUUCCAUCUCACGCAUCUACUCCGGGGAGAGCGUGCCGGUCGCCCCACUCUCCAACUUCUACUUCAAGGAAAAGAAGUCACGCCGCAGUGGGAAGAACCGUGAGAGGGACCUGAACGUCAGCAGUAAAGUUCCGCACGCCGGGCCGGUCCUCAUACAGGACGUCAGCUGUCUGCUGCCCAUACACCAGAAACUGGCUGAGACAUACAUCCUGGACCCUAACAACAUCCCGAGCAUGUGCACUAGGAACGCAGCGGCAGCCAAUCAGGUUGGCAGGAAGGACCUUGUGCAGGUUUGGUCGCUGGCAGUUCUAGCUCUGAGUGCAGACCUGGCCCCCAGCUCCAGUCCUGAUGUGGAGUGCCCCUGGGCACAGCACCCGUUUGGGAGGAGAUUACUACAGACGCUGCUGGAGCACUACAGUAAGCUGUGUGAUGUGCAGACCCUGGCCAUGCUGUGUUGUGCGUAUGGAGCUCCCACAGUGCACCCUGAGGGUCGAGGACUCCUUAAGUCCAGCUCCAACUCCAGUUUCCAGUCCAACUCCUUCCGAUCCGGGCCCUCAAUGACUAGCAGAAAGUCUUCUGGAAAUGUGUACGGCUCACCAGGAACUUAUGAAACAGACGCUUUUGUCACAGGUGGCUGGACUAUAGGAAACCGUGAAUCAGGGGGCAUGCGGCGGAGUAUCAGCUGGACAGAAACUUCCUCGCCUGACGACUACCAGUACCGAGAGUACGUGGACCCGCAGCAGAGGGAGAGGGAACUACAUGACAACGAGAAACAGUUACUGGACCCUGGCUGCACCCUGCUGUAUGAUGAGUUUAAGAAGGCGUAUGGAGAGAUCCUGUAUCGGUGGGGUCUGAAGGACAAGAGAGCUGACGUGCUGAAGUAUGUGUCAGUACCACCUGAAGCACACAAAGGGAUCGAGUUUGGAACAAAGUGUGUUCACUGCUACAAGGACGUCCGAGGUCCACAGUGUGCCUCCUGCCGUGGUUAUGGCUUCCAAUGUGCAAUAUGCCACAUAGCUGUUAAAGGGUCGUCAAACUUCUGCCUGGCUUGCGGACACGGCGGCCACUCCCGUCACAUGCAGGAGUGGUUCCAGAACUACGACAUCUGCCCCACGGGGUGCGGCUGCAGCUGUACUGAGGAGAACCACGUGCUGGAAAGCUUGUGAUGUCAUACUGAGCUGGUGUCUGUACCGUAGGUUCUCCAUACAACCCAGGCUUGUCCAUGGGACAGUCACACAACCCAGGCUUGCACAUGGGACAUUCACACAACCCAGGCUUUUAC